AUGGCGAUGAGGAUCAACUGCAAGUCUUUCAUACGAUCAAACGCUCUUCUCUUGCUGACUCUGCUAGGUGUGGCAGUGGGAUUCGCUUUCGGAUUCGCUCUCAGACCAACGAAUCCCUCGUCCGAUGCUAAAGUAUGGAUAGGUCUACCGGGGGAGAUCUUUUUGCGACUGUUGAGAAUGAUGAUCAUCCCUUUAAUCGUCUCCAGUGUGAUUUCAGGUACGGCCUCUCUGAACCCCCGAUCUAACGGUAAGAUCAGUUUGAUCGCUCUCGGCUACAUCGUCGCCACAAACCUGCUGGGCUGUAUCUUCGGCAUUAUCCUUGCGGUGACCAUCAAACCAGGUAACAACAAUAACAAUAAUGAUAAGGAUAAAAACAAAAACAACAAGGACAAACACAACGUUGGAUUGCAGACAGUAGCUAACACCACCGCCCCUGUCCCCAGUACCCAGGAUCUACAGACUCAGGACAUAUUUGCUGAUCUAAUAAGAAAUAUAUUCCCGGACAACGUGAUCACGGCGUGUUUCCAGACGACCCAAACGCAGUAUGGAGAAAAAACGACAAAUGAAAACACAACGGUUCUAACUAAGACGUUAGGGACAACUUCCGGUUCGAAUAUUAUCGGAAUCAUUUUCUGCGCGACAGUUCUCGGCAUAGCCACAGGCUCCAUUGGAGAGACCGGCAGACCUUUUCACAACUUUUUCAAUUCCGCCAUGGAGGUGGUGCUCAAAAUUUUACGUUGGUUUCUAUGGUUUACCCCGAUAGGUGUCGCCAGUCUCAUUAUGGUGUCCAUAUUAAACGUUGACGAUCUUCAGACUCGAUUCCUCCAACUUGGCCUCCUCAUUUUGACUGUAACCGUAGGGGUGUUGUUCCAACAACUCGUCUUUAUCCCUCUCCUUUACUUUUUGUGCUUUUUCUCCAAUCCUCUCCGCUUUUUGGUCAACGUUUUCCCAGCUUGGUCCAUAGCAUUUGCUUCAACGAGCACGGCGGUGGCGAUUCCCGAAAUGAUCACGUGCUGUGAGCGUUACCACGGGGUUGAUGUGAGAGUGUCACGAUUUGUAGUGCCGUUCACGGUCACGCUUAGUGCCAACGGCAGUGCCCUCUUCAUCACAGCGUCGGCCAUUUUCAUUGGGCAGAUAAAUCACAUGGAGAUGAAUGCCGGGAAAGUAGUUAUUAUAGGAGUGCUGACAGCGAUCUCAGUAAUGGCCUUACCCGCAAUCCCCAGCUCCAGUAUCGUCGUCAUCGUCAUCAUCUUGGAGACUCUCAACUUUCCCGCUGAGGACGUAGCCCUCCUGCUCGCUGUGGAAUGGUACCUGGACCGCAUGCGCUCCUCAAGUAACGGAGUUAGCCAUGUAUUCUGCGCCCUAUUUACGUAUCGCUGGUGCAAGAACAGCUUACCUCCCUUAGAAAAAGACGCGUUAUAUCUAGACGUUAGCAAAAAACACUCAGUUAACUCAGGUAUACAAGAUUCGGGCGUGUUGGAGACGGAAUCUGAAAGAAAACCAGAUCGUUACACGUUGGAAUCCUCCAAUCUGUGAUCUCAGCUGCAAGUACGUUGCAAGUACGUUGCUGUCAGAUGAACAACUCAUCUGUAAGCCUAAGUUAAAUAAAUGUCGCAUGCACCAGGCUGACAGAGGACUCAAAUACAUACAGUGUACAAUCCUGUACACUGAGUUACAAGCAGUGACACAGACGUGCUGUUAGAUACUUGAAAAGACGGCUUAAGAUUGUUGAUUAUGCAUUAUUACAAAAAAAUCAUUUUAUAAGGAGUACAGAGAAGUUAUGAUACUUUUUUUUUCAAAGACCGAAUGUUACCGUAUACAGGCGUCUAUAUCUGAUUUCGGUAUCUUUUUUUGGGCCCAUUAUCAUAUUUCCAGAGACUCAAGACAGUUAAUUCCUGUUUACAAUAUGUGUGUUAAGCUCGGGUUAAUCUUGUUUUCCCUUCGAAAUUAAAGAGUUCCAAGCUCAUGGGCGAUAACAUUCUCUACAAUAGUAACUGUUGCCAUCACUUUCCAUGAUCUGACACUUUCUCGAAUGUAUCUUGCCUGUGUGAAUUAAUUGUACAAUGACUUCAGGCAUGACUUUAAUAAUUCGUGAGUUUAGCAUCUGGCCCGGGGAU